AUGGGUGGUGCUAGAGAAAAGAAAGUUCAAUACUUUACCAAAUUAAGAGAAUUAUUAGAAGAAUACAAAUCUAUCUUCGUCGUUGGUGUUGAUAAUGUUUCUUCCCAACAAAUGCAUGAAAUCAGAAAGGCCUUAAGAGGUGAUGCCGUCGUCUUGAUGGGUAAAAACACCAUGGUCAGAAGAGCUAUCAGAGGUUUCUUGUCUGAAUUACCAGAAUUUGAAAAAUUGUUGCCAUUCAUCAAAGGUAACGUUGGUUUCAUUUUCACUAACAGUGAUUUAAAAACUAUUAGAGACACUGUUGUUUCUAAUGUCGUUGCUGCUCCAGCCAGAGCUGGUGCCGUUGCUCCAAAGGAUGUUUGGAUUCCAGCUGGUAACACUGGUAUGGAACCAGGUAAGACCUCUUUCUUCCAAGCUUUGGGUGUCCCAACCAAGAUUGCCAGAGGUACCAUUGAAAUUGUUUCCGAUGUUAAAGUCGUUGAACAAGAUGCUAAAGUUGGUCCUUCUGAAGCCACUUUGUUGAACAUGUUGAACAUCUCUCCAUUCACUUAUGGUAUGUCAGUUGUUCAAGUUUACGACAAUGGUCAAGUCUUCCCAUCAUCCAUCUUGGAUAUCACCGAUGACGAAUUGAUCAGCCAUUUCGUUUCUGCUAUCAACACCAUUGCUUCUAUUUCUUUGGCUGUUGGUUACCCAACCUUGCCAUCUGUUGGUCACUCCAUCAUCAACAACUACAAGAACGUCUUGGCUUUAUCUAUUGCCACCGACUACACUUACGAAGGUUCUGAAGCUGUUAAAGACAGAUUAGCCAACCCAGAAGCUUACGCUGCUGCUGCUCCAGCUGCCGCCGCUGCUGGUGGUGCUGCCGAAGAAGCUGCCACUGAAGAAGCUGCUGCCGAUGAAGAAGAAUCUGAUGACGAUAUGGGUUUCGGUUUAUUCGAUUAA